AUGAGCAAUACCGAUUUCCUUGGCCGGGCGAUCGACACUGUGAAGAGCGCGAUUGAACAUGAUAAUGCGGGCGAAUAUGAGAAAGCAUACCAAACAUACUACUCGGCUCUCGAGCUUUUUAUGCUUGCUUUAAAAUGGGAGAAAAACCCCAAAUCGAAGGAGAUGAUCCGAGCGAAGACCGGGGAAUAUAUGGAGAGGGCAGAGAAGCUAAAAAAUCACCUGGCUGGGCUGGACAAUCGGAAGAAACCAAGCGCAGUUGGAACGAAUGGGAAGAUCGCACAAGGAAGUGGGAAAGGAGGCAAGGACGAGGACGAUGAAGAUGCCGAAUCCAAGAAGCUACGAGGAGCUCUAGCGGGAGCUAUAUUAACGGAUAAGCCAAAUGUGAGAUGGGAAGAUGUGGCUGGUUUACAGGGCGCGAAAGAGGCACUUCAGGAAGCCGUCAUAUUACCCAUUAAGUUCCCUUCCCUGUUCACAGGGAACCGUCAACCCUGGAAGGGUAUAUUGCUCUACGGGCCACCUGGAACGGGUAAAUCCUACCUAGCUAAGGCCGUGGCUACAGAGGCGAACAGCACAUUUUUCAGCGUGAGCAGUAGUGACCUGGUUUCAAAGUGGAUGGGAGAGAGUGAGAGGCUCGUUAAGCAACUUUUUAAUAUGGCCCGAGAAAACAAACCAGCCAUUGUUUUCAUCGACGAAAUAGACGCCCUUUGUGGCACCCGUGGUGAAGGAGAGCCAGAUGCGUCUCGCCGUAUCAAAACAGAGCUGCUCGUGCAGAUGGAUGGUGUUGGCAAGGAUUCUAGCGGCGUACUGAUUCUUGGAGCAACGAAUAUUCCCUGGCAACUAGAUUCAGCUAUUCGACGGCGGUUCCAGCGAAGAGUUUACAUAAGUCUACCAGAUAUUGCCGCCCGGAUGAAAAUGUUCAAAAUAAGUAUAGGCAGCACGCCCUGUCAGCUAACGGUGCCUGAUUAUCGAACACUUGCCGAACUGACCGACGGUUACUCGGGGAGCGAUAUCAAUAUUGCUGUUCAAGAUGCGCUCAUGCAGCCUGUACGCAAAAUUCAAUCUGCAACACACUAUAAAAAGGUAAUGGUGGAUGGAGUACAAAAAGUAACUCCAUGCUCACCAGGUGACCAGGGGGCCAUUGAAAUGACCUGGGCGGAUGUGAACCCAGACGAACUUCUGGAACCUCCUCUCGUUCUUAAGGAUUUUGUCAAGGCUGUCAAAGGAUCGCGGCCGACUGUUAGCCCUGACGACCUUGCCAAAAGCGCUGAAUGGACCGCCAUGUUUGGUAGUGAAGGCGCUUAG